GUCCGGAGUCCGGGCGUUCUGGCAGCACCAGAGUCCUGCAGCAGAGACGGGCUGGGCUGGCACUGACCCACGAGCCCCCUUCCCUGCUAUGAUGGUUUGUCAGUAGCAGGUCCUAGACACCCCCACCCUCCCCGCUCCCGGGGCACGUGGGCAGAGCUAGCAGCAGCCAGGUGCACGGAGCCACAAGAGCUCUAGGGCACUCUGGGGGCAGCUCUGCCUGCUGCCCUCUCUGGUGCCUGUGGAAAUGCCUAACUGACAGGAGAGUUAGUGAGGACAAGAACGCUCCCUUUUGGCCGAGGUCCGGUGUAUCCAUGGCUCUCCUGACCAAUCUACUGCCCCUAUGCUGCUUGGCACUUCUGGCGCUGCCAGCCCAGAGCUGCGGGCCGGGCCGGGGGCCGGUUGGCCGGCGCCGCUAUGCGCGCAAGCAGCUCGUGCCGCUACUCUACAAGCAAUUUGUCCCCGGCGUGCCAGAGCGGACCCUGGGCGCCAGUGGGCCAGCCGAGGGGAGGGUGGCGAGGGGCUCCGAGCGCUUCCGGGACCUCGUGCCCAACUACAACCCCGACAUCAUCUUCAAGGAUGAGGAGAACAGUGGUGCCGACCGCCUGAUGACUGAGCGUUGUAAGGAGCGGGUGAACGCUUUGGCCAUUGCCGUGAUGAACAUGUGGCCCGGAGUGCGCCUACGAGUGACUGAGGGCUGGGACGAGGACGGCCACCACGCUCAGGAUUCACUCCACUACGAAGGCCGUGCCUUGGACAUCACCACGUCUGACCGCGACCGCAACAAGUAUGGGUUGCUGGCGCGCCUCGCAGUGGAAGCCGGCUUCGACUGGGUCUACUACGAGUCCCGCAACCACGUCCACGUGUCGGUCAAAGCUGAUAACUCACUGGCGGUCCGGGCGGGCGGCUGCUUUCCGGGAAAUGCAACUGUGCGCCUGUGGAGCGGCGAGCCGAAGGGGCUGCGGGAACUGCACCGCGGAGACUGGGUUUUGGCGGCCGAUGCGUCAGGCCGGGUGGUGCCCACGCCGGUGCUGCUCUUCCUGGACCGGGACUUGCAGCGCCGGGCUUCAUUUGUGGCUGUGGAGACCGAGUGGCCCCCACGCAAACUGUUGCUCACGCCCUGGCACCUGGUGUUUGCCGCUCGAGGGCCGGCGCCCGCGCCAGGCGACUUUGCACCGGUGUUCGCGCGCCGGCUACGCGCUGGGGACUCGGUGCUGGCGCCCGGCGGGGACGCGCUUCGGCCAGCGCGCGUGGCCCGUGUGGCGCGGGAGGAAGCCGUGGGCGUGUUCGCGCCGCUCACCGCGCACGGGACGCUGCUGGUGAACGAUGUCCUGGCCUCGUGCUACGCGGUUCUGGAGAGUCACCAGUGGGCGCACCGCGCUUUUGCCCCCUUGCGACUGCUGCACGCGCUAGGGGCGCUGCUCCCCGGCGGGGCCGUCCAGCCGACUGGCAUGCAUUGGUACUCUCGGCUCCUCUACCGCUUAGCGGAGGAGCUGCUGGGCUGAGCGUCCCAGCCAUAGAAACCUCGAAGCGCCCGAGGAAACGAGGGCCUGCUGGCUGAGACAUGGGGGUGUGGGCAGCGGACGAUGCCGACUGGAAGGGAGGGAGAGGGAGGGGGAGGGAGAAAAUGGGGCUAUGCCUGGCUUAGGGGCAACCUCGUACUGAGAGGAGGUGAUCCCGGGUCCUAGGUAGGUAGGGCUGAUGGUGCGCACUCCUUAAAGAGGACUAUUUAGCCUCUCCCCCAGUGCCUCAGCCCCACCCGAUAAUUUUAUUUUAUUUCUUAUUUAUAAAUUGUAAUAUAAUGAUUCCCUUGCCCAGCUUGCCAAGGUGAGGGGCUGGGGCAUGGCAUUAACACUGUCUGACACAGCCAGCCAGUCUGACAUCUGACAUUUUCCUACAAGGUGGGCUAAUAAAGGGAAGGCUUUCAGGAGCUUACUGGAAAA